GGGUUGAGUCUGAAACCCUAAUUUUGAGAAAUUUUGUGAUGGGUCGAGUGAUUCGCGCUCAGCGUAAGGGUGCCGGUUCCGUCUUCAAGUCCCACACCCACCACCGAAAGGGUGCUGCUAGGUUCCGAAGCCUUGACUUCGGUGAGAGAAAUGGUUAUCUGAAAGGCGUAGUCACCGAUGUCAUCCACGAUCCUGGUCGUGGUGCUCCUCUCGCCAAAGUCACUUUCCGCCACCCUUUCAGGUACAAGAAGCAGAGCGAGCUUUUCGUUGCCGCAGAAGGUAUGUACACCGGCCAGUUCGUUUACUGCGGCAAGAAAGCUACCCUUGUUGUCGGCAAUGUCUUGCCCCUCAGAUCCAUUCCCGAAGGAGCUGUUAUAUGCAAUGUCGAGCACCAUGUUGGUGACCGUGGCGUGUUCGCCAGGUCUUCCGGUGAUUAUGCUAUUGUUGUUAGCCAUAACCCCGAUAACGAUACAUCUAGGAUCAAGCUUCCAUCUGGCGCAAAGAAGAUUGUUCCCAGUGGUUGUCGUGCCAUGAUUGGGCAGGUUGCAGGUGGAGGUAGAACUGAGAAGCCCCUUCUGAAAGCUGGUAAUGCUUACCACAAGUUUAGGGUGAAGAGAAAUUGCUGGCCUAAGGUACGUGGUGUGGCUAUGAACCCAGUUGAGCAUCCUCAUGGAGGAGGUAACCACCAGCACAUUGGACAUGCAAGCACUGUUAGGCGUGACGCUCCUCCUGGGCAGAAGGUUGGUCUUAUUGCGGCCAAGAGGACCGGUCGUCUUAGAGGACAAGCUGCAGCCACUGCUGCUAAAGCUGACAAGACUGCCUAGAGAGAUUGUUAAAUUUUUUAUUUAUUGUGUUUUCCGAUCUUUUAUUAGAUUUUGAUUUCAUGACUACUGGAAGAAAUUCCCUUUCCUUUCAGAUAAGGAGCCAUCCAUUGACAGGUUUUACAUGUUUUCUUAGGAGUAAUUGUCUGGGUGUUAGAAAUUUUUCUAGUUUGAUGAUUUUUUUUUUGGUCUCUGUUCUUGUUCUUUUUUAAGCUUGGUCGAGUAAUGCCCCUUCAGUUUGACUUUUACGUAGGGGUUGAAACUCAAUCCCUUCAGUCUAAGGCAGUGUUUGAGAGUUUUUUUCGGAUGGGAUGAAAUGGGUUGAGGUGCAUAAAAGUUUUGUAUCCCAAUUUGGGGUCAAGAAUGGGAUGGGUUGGUAUAAAUAAUAUUGUUACAAAAUUAUCUUAUCA